UUCGAGAAAUCGCUUUAUGACCUUAUCAAAGGUCUCCGGGGUCAUAAGGGAGGUGAAAAUGAGUACAUCCAGAGUUCCUUGCGUGAAUGCAAGGCCGAGAUCAAAACACAAGACAUGGACAAAAAGGCUACAGCCCUCUUGAAGCUCAUCUAUCUUGAAAUGUUUGGGUAUGACAUGUCAUGGGCAUCUUUUCACGUUCUCGAAGUCAUGUCAUCCGCCAAAUACCUCCAGAAAAGAGUCGGGUAUCUCGGAGCAGUACAGAGCUUUCGACCAGACACUGAAGUUCUGAUGCUAGCAACCAAUUUGCUGAAGAAGGAUAUUGUCACCUCCAGUAUUCCCAACAUGUCACUUCCUCUGAUUACUUUGCCGCACAUUAUUACACCUUCCCUAGCAAUGUCCUUGCUUCCUGAUUUACUCUCCCGACUUUCACACUCAAGCCCUGUGGUGCGCAAGAAAACGAUUGUCUGUCUUUAUAGGCUUGCUUUGGUGUAUCCCGAAGCUUUGAAGUUGGCCUGGCCCAAGAUAAAAGACCAUUUGAUGGACGAUCAAGAAGAUGGAAGUGUCACUACUGCGGCCAUCAACGUCGUUUGUGAGCUUGGUUGGCGACGACCUCAUGACUUCCUCCCUUUGGCACCUCGAUUCUUUGAGCUUCUGGUUGAUAGCGGCAAUAAUUGGAUGGCUAUCAAAAUCAUCAAACUUUUUGCAACAUUAACCCCGCUAGAGCCAAGGCUGACUCGCAAACUCCUGCGUCCAUUGACGAAUAUUAUUCAAACUACAUCUGCAAUGUCUCUGCUCUAUGAAUGUAUCAAUGGCAUCAUCCAAGGGGGCAUUCUGGACGGAGAAGAGGAUCUCCAGGAAAGGGACGAAGUUGCCACUCUUUGCGUUGGGAAAUUGCGGGGUAUGAUAGUUAUGGAUAGUGACCCUAAUCUCAAAUAUGUCGCACUUCUUGCGUUGAACCGCAUUGUUGCCACGCACCCAACGUUGGUUUCCAUGCAGCAGGACGUCAUUAUGGAUUGCCUGGAUGAUGCGGACGUUUCUAUUCGAUUACAGGCUUUAGAGCUUGCCGUUGGAAUGGUCAGCAGUGAUUCUCUCCAGUCAGUCGUGAACCGUCUACUAGAUCAGCUGCAACAAGCCUCUGUCCCUACAGCUGAAUUGAUUGAUUCGCCCGAAACCUCCGAAAGCCCUAAACCCCCAACCUUAUGGCCCAGCGACUACCAGACUGAGGUUGUUCACCGGAUCCUGGAUCUUUGUUCUCAAAAGAACUACUCUGAGAUUGUUGAUUUUGAGUGGUAUGUCGCUGUAUUAGUACAGCUAGUCGGGCUUCUCCCACCAUCGGAGAGUGAAGACGAUUGGGGCCAUCCGAAAGAGCAAGAGGCUAUACCCAAUUGGAGGAUGAACACUGCGCUUCGAAUAGGGACAGAGAUUCGCAAUGUUGCCGUAAGGGUAAAAGGUGUGCGCAUGGAGGCCACAAGAGCAGCCGAGUCUCUCAUGUUUGUCGACAACAGAUCAACUUUUUUCCCAUCCGGUUCAACUAUCGGCGAUGGUGUUUUAGGCCCUGUCGCCUGGGUUGUCGGUGAAUAUGCUGAAUAUCUGCUGUCACCUAAUCGGACACUACUUUCAUUGAUCGACAUCUCUAAUGCAUCGCUUCCCACCAGAAGUCUUUCUCUAUUUUUGCAAGCCAUUCCAAAAGUGUUUGUUCAGGUUAGCCAGACCAGCCAACCAGGAGAUCUUUGGAAAAGUGAGAUGUCGCUUUUACUUGCUCGAGUUGUUGAGUUCCUCGAGGGUUUGGCGGCCCAUCCUGAUCUGGAUGUCCAAGAGCGAGCCAUCGAGUUCCUAGAAGUCCUCCGCCUGGCAGCUGAGGCAUUGACUUCCGAUACCCAGGAAAUCCCAUUUCUUCUCGCCUCGGUCAUACCCAACCUAUUUACAGGGCUCGAACUCAACCCUGUCGCGAUGAGUGCCCAGAGGAAGGUUGUCUUGCCGGAUAGUCUUCGCCUAGAGGAGCCAUUCAGCUACGAUCUGCCAGGACUUUUCCGCAACCUGGACAGCCCAUCACCGCACGAGUCAAAGUCUUGGGAAACGUCAGAUUUCUAUCAUCUUCCUGAACUCUUGUCUCCCAACAAGCAGACUCGUGACCUUGCACCGGUUGAUUUGCAGCCCCAUGCGUCAUAUCAAGACUUUACCGGUGCUCCGGUGGAAUCCUCUACUGCAACACAAAGAAGAGUGCUCGAGCGCAGGGAACGCUUCAAGGAUGACCCCUUCUAUAUUGCUCCUUCCGGAGAGUCGACUGGCACAUCUACGCCAUUCCAUGAAGCUUUAAACACAUCCAAUGGCGAGGUCUUGGACAUUGAUUCCAUCCCCAUAGUGGACUUGAAGUUGGGAGAUGAACAGCUCAGCCAUGUUGAUUUCGAUCGCCAAAGAAGUCGUCGACCCCCUGUGAGCAAAUUGGUAGUUGCUGGCGAUGAGACCUUUGAAACCCAAAACUCUUUGACAGACACCUCCAGGCCCAAGGGUGCUGGUGAUGACCACCAUACGUAUAAGCGCUCUUUACUCCAAGUUGACUCGAGCAGCCUAGGAAAUUUGUCCUUUGCAAAAGGCCCAUCUCCGCAAGUUUCCGCAGAUGAAGGGGACACAGAAAUGGCCCGAGCAAUGCAACAAGUGGAGGAAGUACGAUUGCGGAUGCAGCGAGCAUCGGAGCGAAUCCAACUAGAGGGCACUCCGGCAGAAGGAACACUAGUCAAGAAGAAGAAGAAGACGAAGAAGCACGUUACUUCAGACCGAGACGCCGGCACAGUGGUUGAAGGUCCUACGGAGCCUGCAAUAGGGAAGAAGAAGAAGAGAAAGAAGAAGACUCCGGAAUCAGAAAAGCUACCAGGCGAGAAUUGA